UUACCCGCCAUUCCAUCAUCUUUAUUCAACUCCCUCUCUCUCCCACUCUCUGUGUCUCUCUGAACAAAAAAUAUGGACGGUCUGAUCAAGGGCUUGAUCGACGUGGCUCUCGGCCACAACAACAGGGACGACGAAGAGCCCCGGGACGAGCGGUCUAGAUCCACUUGGGCUGAGGUGGUUUCCGGGGAUCAGGAUAAGGACGAAGACAGCAGUGCCAGUGAAUCCAGUCAUCGAACUCAUAGUCAUACUCAGAACCCGUGGAAUAGACAGGAAAAGAGUGAAUUGGGGGGUGAGGAAUGGGAGGUCGCGGGUUCGAGACCUUCGAAUUCGAGCUGGCCCCAAAAGAUGCAGACUGUGGAAGAGGGUUACCAAGAUGUUGAGCAACAUAGUUAUCACCAAAAGACUUGGAAGGGAGAGGAGAAUGAAGGGGACAACAAUGACAGUUGGGAGACUGUCAGCAGAAAGCCUCGAAGGCAGCAACACAAGAUUCAAAUGGAUCACUGGCACAGAUACAAACAGCCUCUCAGUGAGCAAGAAUACUCUGAGGAGGUUGAAAUUGGCUCUCAGGUAGAGCCGUCAGAAGAGGAGCUUGCUGACCUGUCACAAGCUUGCAAUAAGCUCUGGGAACUUGAUUUAAACCGUUUGGUACCUAGUAAGGACUAUGAAAUUGAUUGUGGUGAAGGGAAGAAGGUCUACCAAAAGGAUGAUGUGGCACAAGGAGCCCUAUUUAGCUAUGUGAGCGAUGACAUAUUUAGGAGGCCUACCUUUUCUCGUUUCUGUUCUCUUCUAGACAAUUACAACCCAGAUGAAGGGUGCAAAGAAGUUGUUACAUCUGACGAGAGGCAAGAGCAAGAAGCAUUUAUAGAAGAAAUUAGUAGAACUGCACCAAUCAAGUAUCUUCAAAAGUAUCUCUCAUCCAAGGGCAUUAUAUCUGCGAACUAUCAAGAUUUUAAAAGAAUGUUGACUAAUCUCUGGUUCGAUCUCUAUGGCCGAGGUGGUACACAUGGUUCCUCUUCUGCAUUUGAACAUGUAUUUGUUGGAGAAAUCAAGCAACGUGGUGAACAAGAGGUUUCUGGCUUCCAUAACUGGCUUCAGUUUUACCUAGAAGAAGCUAAAGGGAGGGUUGACUAUCAAGGUUAUAUUUUUCCCCGACGGCGUGGGCAGAUUCCAGACUCUGAAACCCAGUUGCUUACAGUUCAGUUUGAAUGGAAUGGUGUUCUCAAAUCUGUAUCAAGCACUUUGAUUGGAAUGAGCCCAGAAUUUGAAAUUGCAUUAUAUACCCUGUGUUUCUAUAUGGGUGGGGAGGAGAACCACAUUCAGUUGGGUCCAUAUCCUGUUAAUAUCAAGUGCUAUCGUCUUGGAGACAGAAUUGGGUCUGCAUUUCCUGUAGCAGAGUGUUGAAUAACUGGUGGCAGAAUCCAGUUAAUUUCCUGUGUAGUCCUGAGAGAAUGGUACCCAGAAACUCUUGAGACGGUAAGAAUAAAUGAACAAAAAGUUUGGGAGUGUAUAAUUAUGGUUUAUGAUGAAAGCCAUUAUUUCUUUAGGAUUUACUUAUUUGAUCUAAUGAAACCUUAAGGAGCUUAUCCUGAUAUAUAAUGGCUUUUCUAAGUAUCCUUUGAUGUAUCUUUUAUUAUGAUCUGAUUAUUGACAAAGGUUGCCACUGUGUAUCCACCUUUUAAUGUGUGGUAUUUAAUAUCUGGGGAAUUUGGUUUU